AUGCAAGGAGGCCAGACUUCUAGGUUCAGAGGUGUUGUUUUAAGGAGCCCUGGAAAAUGGGGUGCUCAAUUCAGCGUGAAGAGAAAGCAAUAUUGGCUGGGAACCUAUGUAUCAGAAAUCGAGGCUGCAAUUGCAUAUGACACAGCAGUUCAGAAGCUUCAUAGACGAUCUCUUAAUUUCCCAGGGAGCAUGAGCGCUCAAGAGAUACGAUUUCAAAGCAUGUAUUCUCAUGAAACAAUUGUUGACAUGAUCAAAUUUGGAUGUUAUAUGCGGCAGUUUGUACGUUUCAAGGUGAAUGAGCUUAUUUUUGGCGUUGGAAAUGGGCUGCAGAGUUCAUGGGAUGUUGGAUUUGGAGUUGGCUCUGAGGUUCAAUAUCUAUUUGUGAUCUUUCAACCAAAUCAGUCAAUACAGCAUUACAGUGAGAUUGUGAGAUUAGCUCUAUCACCUGCAUUAUCAUCUUGCCAAAUGAUGUCUUUAGAGAAGUUGCCAAUAGAUGAUCUAUUUCUACUGUUACCUGGGAUUGACUUGAGAAUUCUUGAUUGUUAG